CUUCGAUACCGUUUCCCUCCACAAUUGCGCACCAAUUCCUCUUCCAGCUCUACUUACGAUAACUUAACAAACAACGCAGGAAGCAAUCGGACAUCCUCCCGUACUAGCCAACCUCCCAACCCGGCGACCGCAUCCACACCUCCCUCCGCAUUUCCGCUCCACCGCACGCAAACCCCAGCACCAACCCAGCUUACCACCCCACUCCAGCAAAAGAUCCCUCCCCUACCUCCCAACAGAAAUGCCCCCACCAUCUGGACAAAACCGACCAAAACCCCGCGUCAUCCCCCGCGAAGAACUCUCCCGCGCAACCACCGAAGGCCAGCGCCUCGUCCAAGACCUCCAAGACGAACUCCGCGCGCAAGCGCAAGCGCACGCCCAGCAGCAACGACAACAAGCAGCACAGCGAGCCCGCCAACGCCCGAGCUUCUUUUCAACACUCCACGCGCGCUACGCGGCCCUCCCGCAGCCCUUCCGGCGCUCCGUGCGCGUGCUGGGCGCCACCCUCCCGCUCCUCCCGAUCGGGCUCUUCUUCUCCGAGCACGUGCUGCAGGUGAUGUGGGUGCGCGGGCCCAGCAUGACGCCCUACCUGAACGAGGACUACGAGCAGAUGCACACGGCCAGCGAUAUGGUGCUGGUCAAUAUGUGGGGGGGCGGGGGCUUGUGGCCCUGGGAGCGGAAGCGGCGGUUGGAGAGGGGGAUGGUUGUUACGUUUCGCUCCCCCGCGAAUCCCCGCCAUAUCGCCAUCAAGCGCGUCGUCGGACUGCCCGGGGACCGCAUCACGACGCGCGAGCCCUGUCUGAAGGAUGCGCAGGUCGUGCCGUUUAACCAUGUGUGGUUGGAAGGCGACGCGCGCGAUCCCCGGAAGUCGAUGGAUAGUAAUACCUACGGUCCGGUGAGUUGCAGUCUGAUCACGGGGCGGGUGUUGGCGGUGCUGUGGCCUAAGUGGCGGUGGUUGAACUGGGAGGAUUGGGAGAAGGGGCUUGUGGAAGGGGAUACGGAGCGCAGGUUUGGCGAGCAUUAUCGGGAGGAGGUGAGAGAGCGUGUGGUUAAGGAGGCGGUGAAGUUGGAGAGGCCGCAGUUGUCGUAGACUGAGCCGGAUGGCGGGAUGCUUACUGUAAGCUUGUUGGUGCUGGAUGGUGUAUAUUAUGUUUGUUUCCAUUGGCUAUGUACAUAUUUCCUCUCUUUCGUCCUUCCUGUGUGUGGUAACUAUAUAGAAAUUA